UGCUAAAAGAAAUAUAAAGAAAUGCUAUUCUAAACUGAGCUUAAGUAUAUGGAAGAAGGGAUGAUUUUUUGUGAAGAAAAAAUGUGCUAUUUAUAGGUGUUUUUCAACACCUUUGGCCGGGUACCCGACCGGGUAUAGGUACAUACCCGACCGGGUACCGGUCAAAAUCAGAUUAUCUCUCACGUUUUUGUGAUCUGCAGCAUGUUCUGGUGCUCCGGGUCAAAUCUGACCCGACCGGGUUUGGUCAAAAUCAGAUCUUUUCCAAAUCUUUGUGAUCUGCUGCAUGUUCUGGUGCUCCGGGUCAAAUCUGACCCACCCGGGUCGAGUAAGGGACCCGACCGGGUUUUACUCUUUCCUCUUAAAUCCAGAUCUUUAACUGACCCGACCGGGUUUAAGGUCUGACCCGGUCGGGUUUGUGUUCCUGAGCAUUUUUGUCUUCAGCUUUUCUCCCCUCCAUCAAAGUCGAACUCCAUAGUCGUAGCAUUAUAGUGCAUAUCAGAUAGCGUUUGCAAGAAAGUGUUCGAAGAAAUGCCUGCAAGGGACAUGGUUUCUUAGAGCUUUAUGAUUUCUAGCUCUGUUGAUUGAUGAUAUUGGAGUGUUCACGAAGAUGAAGCUUGCAAAUGAGAAGUAAACUUCAAUCACUUUGGCGAGCUUGCUGCUACCUGCGUGUACCAUUCUCCUGAAUGCCAGACUAGGCGAGUCCAUCCAUUCGCAAAUCCUAACUAAUGGUAUUGAGUUGCAUGUUGGCCUGGGAACAGCCCUCCUUCAGAUGUAUGCGAAGUGCGCCCACGUGGAUAAAGCCUUCCACAUCUUCAAUAUAAUGAGCGCCAAGAAUCUGCAGUCGUGGACUAUAAUGAUAUCUGCACUUGCAGAUAAUGGCCACGGAGAAGAAGCCGUAUGCUUAUUUUCCAGAAUGGAAAAAUCUGGACUGAGGCCCGACAGCUUGUCAUUUUCUGCUUGCGGUCACUUAGGUCUUGUCAAUAAAGGGCAUGACCCGUUCAGGAGAAUGGCGAGUGUUUAUGAUAUCAGACCAAGCAUGGAACAUUAUGGAUGUAUGGUGGACUUGCUUGGACGUGCAGGUAAGAUAGAGGAAGCUUACCAGGUCAUCGUGCACAUGCCGAUGGAACUAAAUUCUGUAAUACUAAGAAGCUUUAUUAGUGCCUGCAAACAGCAUGAACGCAUUGUUCCUCAUAUAAAUGAGAACCUUAAGGAACUGCUGCCUAGAAUAGAGCCUGACAUUGCAGCCAACUAUGUGCUUGCUGCCAAUAGGUCUUCCAACCAGGGUAAUUGGGAUGAUGCAGAUGGACUGCAAACUUAUGUCAAAGAAAAGGACAUAAAGAAAGUUCUGGUUGCAGUUGGGUGGAGCGGCUGA